GCGGAUGUUCCCUUCAAAAGAUUUUCACCUGCAGACACGCGCGUUGGCCGGCGCGUGCCCGCUGUGGCGCGUGCUCGCUGCCGCUGCGGUCGCGAUGACAGAUUGACGUCAUCGGGACUGACGCAGAGCGAGCAGCGGUGAGGCGGCAGCAGCAGCAUCAUCCUCCUCCUCCUCCUAGCAAACACACCGUUCCUCUCCUUAUCUCCCAUCAGCAACGAGGUGUUUUUCUCACUGAGCAUCCUCCAAAAAACCCCCAAAACAACGAGAUAAAAGAUAAGAUGGCCACCUCCUCCUCCACUCUGGAAGAAGACGAGAGUUUGAAGGGCUGUGAAAUUUUUGUGCAGAAGCACAACAUCCAGCAGAUCCUGAAAGAGUGCAUAGUGAACCUCUGCAUCGCUAAGCCUGAGCGUCCUAUGAAGUUCCUGAGGGAGCAUUUUGAAAAGCUGGAGAAGGAAGAAUGCAAGCAAAUCAUGGCACGUCAGAAAUCUAACAGCCAGUCAGAUUCACAUGAUGAUGAGGUUUCUCCCCCACCACCCAACCCAGUUGUCAAGGCCCGGCGUCGCAGGGGAGGGGUCAGUGCCGAGGUUUACACUGAAGAGGAUGCUGUCAGCUACGUACGCAAGGUGAUUCCAAAGGACUACAAGACUAUGACCGCCUUGGCCAAAGCCAUUUCCAAGAAUGUACUGUUCGCUCACCUGGACGACAAUGAGAGAAGUGACAUAUUUGAUGCCAUGUUCCCGGUCACUCACAUUGCAGGAGAAACAGUCAUCCAGCAAGGCGAUGAAGGAGACAACUUUUACGUUAUUGACCAAGGCGAAGUGGACGUGUAUGUGAACGGCGAGUGGGUGACCAGUAUCGGAGAAGGAGGUAGUUUUGGAGAGCUGGCCCUGAUCUAUGGAACUCCCAGAGCUGCCACUGUGAAGGCCAAGACCGACCUUAAACUGUGGGGUAUCGACAGGGACAGCUACCGGCGCAUCCUCAUGGGCAGCACACUGAGGAAGAGAAAGAUGUAUGAAGAGUUCCUAAGCAAGGUCUCCAUCCUUGAGUCAUUGGAUAAGUGGGAACGCCUGACUGUGGCGGACUCUCUGGAACCCGUUCAGUUCGAGGACGGAGAGAAGAUCGUGGUGCAGGGAGAUCCGGGCGAUGACUUCUUCAUUAUCACAGAGGGAAUAGCCUCUGUUCUGCAGCGCAGGUCUGACAAUGAGGAGUAUGUGGAGGUCGGACGUCUCGGACCCUCAGACUACUUUGGUGAAAUUGCCCUGCUGUUGAACCGUCCCAGGGCAGCCACCGUAGUCGCCCGUGGUCCACUCAAGUGUGUGAAGCUGGACAGGCCCCGCUUCGAGCGCGUGCUGGGGCCGUGCUCAGAGAUACUCAAGAGAAACAUCCAGAGAUACAACAGCUUCAUCUCUCUCACCGUGUGACAGGUCGGCCCCUCUGGGCCCCACCAGCAUCAGAGUUUUGGUCUGUGGGUGGGAUGGGGUGAGGAUGUGGGGUAAAGGACAUGGGUUUUACAUCUACAAAAACAGGGCACACAUUUCCUUUUUUUCCAUUUUGCGCAUUUCUUUUCUUUUUGAUUUUGUGCACUUUGACUUGACCUGUGCUGUCACGUAGCUUUAUGUCAACAACAACAACAACAACAACAACAACAUGCAGGAGUAUGAAAAUCAGAGUGAGGACGGAGAUCAUUCAACUCAUUAUGUUCUGUAAAUGAGUCAUGUAUGCAGUGUGUCGACUGUAUGUGAUGCAUGCACCCAGACUGACAAAGAAUGGCGCUGCACUUUUGUGAAUUAACGAAGGUUAUGGAUGAAUUCAGGAAAUAAGAAGGAAGUAAAGUCAUGUUUGCGUAAAGCGGGAGGAAGUGAGUCCACAUUUCUGCGCUCGCUGGCUGUGGUUUUGCCUUUUUUCCCCACUUCUGAGUGUGAGUGGUGCCAUUUCUAGGUCAAAGCAGAACAGCACCACACACAUCUCCUUUCCCACAAAUGUAUAUGUAGAGGUGUGAAGAAAAACUAAUUCUUGGCUUGUUUCAUUUUUUGGUGCAUCUUAAGUGUGCUUCUACUGCUGUUACCUGUUGGAGGGGCUGUUCGAGGCGUACGUGGUGUUCAGACUUUAAUAUGUAAUUAAGUAAUAUCAAAUUAAUUAAUUUAGUUGCUUACUUUUUUCAUGAAAUCCUCUCCGUCACAAUGUCCCCUGAAGCGGUUCAGUCAGAUCUGUGAGCCGUGUGGAGCUUCCAAAGUCGCAGUAGUGUUAUCAGUCCAGUCCACACACACACCACCACACACUGUAUAUUCUUACAUUGUCUCAGGACUAAAUAAACCUUCAACACAGACACACACACACACACACACGCACACACACGCAAACACACACACACACACCUCUUACAUGCUUUUUUAAGCUGCUUUUGUUCUAUGUUAUAUUGCUAGAUGAAAGCUUUUGCACCACUUUAGAGUUCCUAACAUUGAGUUAAUACAGCAGUUUGAUAAAGCUGUUUUUAAGACAUGACCUCUAUGUUAUAAAUAUAUUAAAGAAAAAAUUCAGAUAAAAAGAAAUUAUAUAUGUAUACUUGUGUUCCUUUCCUUUGAUCAACUGUAAACUGUCAAAAGUUGCACAGCUGACCCAGCGACUGAUGUUGCAUAAAACGGGACCUUUAGAAAACAAUCUUUCUGUACUUUCUCUCUCUCUGUAUCUCUUUCUUUUAACUAUCAAACGUCUUGAGAAAAAUAAAGAUAAGCCUCUGAAA